AUGGGGUACAUCAAGCAGAUCACCAUCCAGGGCUUCAAGAGCUACAAGGACCAGACGCAGAUGGAACCUUUCUCGCCUAAAUGCAAUGUCGUUGUUGGUCGCAACGGCUCUGGAAAGAGCAACUUCUUCGCCGCCGUGCGCUUCGUGCUCGGUGAUGACUACUACAUGCUCAGUCGUGAGCAGCGUCAAAAUCUGCUCCACGAAGGUUCUGGAUCAGCCGUCAUGUCCGCGUAUGUCGAGGUAUGCUUCGACAACACAGAGGAUCGCUUCCAGACUGGCAAGCCAGAGUUCUUCUUGCGCCGGACCAUUGGCGCAAAGAAGGACGAGUAUUCAGUCAAUCGCAAGAACGCCACGAAAGCCGAAGUCCAGCAGAUACUCGAAUCGGCCGGUUUCUCGCGCUCGAAUCCAUACUACAUUGUCCCGCAAGGCCGUAUCUCGGACCUUACGCGCAUGGGUGAUGUUGCCCGGCUGAAGCUACUGAAGGAGAUCUCUGGAUCAAACGUAUACGAGACGCGUCGUGCCGACAGUUUGAAGCUGCUCGCCGAUACGGACAGCAAGUGCAGGAACACCGACAGCCUGGUGGCGACCAUCAACGAGCGCUUGGACGAGCUCGAGGGCGAGAAAGAGGAACUGGAAGCGUGGAGCAAGAACGACAAGGAGCGGAGAUCGCUUUUGUAUACCAUGAAGUCUCGCGAGGAGGCAGAUCUCCAAGGCAGGAUUGAGAAUAUCGACAUGCUCGAGGAGCAGGGACGCGACACACGGGAGCACAAUGAGGCCAUUUUCAUGAAAAACGAAGCAGACAUCCAACAAAUCGACAGCGACAUCACCCAGCGCCGCGGCGACCUAGAGGUACUUCGUGAAGAUCGUGUACAAUUUGAAGGCGACCGCAAAUCAGCCACGUUGGAGAAAGCAAAGAUCGAGCUGGAGCUCAAGGCGCUUGAAGAUGGCCAGUCGGGUGCUGAGCAGGCAAAGCGCUCACGCGACAAAGAAACGAAAGCUAUCCAGCAGCAAAUCCGUGCCCGUGAAGCUGAUCUCCAGCGGCUGCUACCAGAAUACACGGCAAAGCAGGAAGAGGAGGCUGCUGUGGCGGAACAAUUGCGUGAUUCAGAAGCCCACCGCAAGCGCCUCGAGGAGAAACAAGGCCGCACCGCUUUCUACAGUAAUAAGCGCCAACGAGACGAAGCUCUGCGGACAGAGAUCGAGGAGACCAACGCCAACUUGAGUCGCAAAAAGGCCGUAUUGAUGUCUACCAACGAGGAGAUUCAAGCGCUACAAGGCGACAUUAAGCGACUCGAAGACGAGAUCAACGACUUGCGAUCCACUAUUGAAAGUGAGGGCGACGCCAGCGUCAAUCUUGCUGCAAAGGUUGAACAAGCAAAGGAUGCGCACAAGGCCUUGGACGACGAGCACAAGAACCUUGCUCGAGAGCAGAACAAGGUGAGCACCCAGCUCAGAACCGCUGAAGAUGAGUGGCGCAGAGCCGAUCAGAGAUGCUCGCGCUUGCUCGAUCGCGGUACUGCAAAUGGUCUCGAAGCACUGCGUCGCUACCAGAGAGAGUCUCCAUUGCCUGGUGUACACGGCACCAUCGCCGACUUGCUUGAAGUUCCUGAGCAGUACCGGACUGUCGUUGAAAAUGCUGCCGAGGGCGCCAUGUUCAAUGUUGUAGUAGAUGAUGACUCGGUAUCGACGAAGCUCAUCGACAGACUUAUAAAGGACAAGGCUGGACGUUUAACAUUCAUUCCGCUCAACCGCAUACACGCGCCUGACCUCAAUCUUCCAACAAGGAGCGACAUGCAACCUCUUUUACCCAAGCUCCGCUAUGACGAGCAGUUCGAGGAUGCCAUCAGGCACGUUUUCGCUAAGAUUGUCAUUUGUCCGACACUCGAUGCAUGUAAAAGCAACGCAAAACAAUUCAACGUGCGAGCGUACACUCCUGAUGGUGACAAUGCAUCACGAAAGGGGCAAUAUCGAGGAGGUUACCACGAUCCAAACAACUCGAAGCUUGCCGCAUACCGAAAGAUGGUCGAGUGCCGCACUCUAGUCGAGGAACUUCAGCAACGCAGGGAAGAGCUCGACAGAGAAGUUCAACAAAAACGACAGCAAAUCACAGCCGCGCAAAGCGAGGUGCUGAGGCGUGAGCAUGCAAGACGGCAAGGCGAAGACAGUUUCGAGCCGAUGCGAGAGGAACUACGUGUAAAGAUCAAUGCACUGAGAGACACCAAGAGCACUCUGGCGCAAAAGCAGAAGACGGCAGCAGACUUGCAAUCUGCAAUCAAUCAGCUGGGCGCACAACAAGAAGAUUGGGAGGCAGAGAUCAAGUCUGAAUUCAAGAAGGCUCUGUCACGAGAUGAAGAGCAAAUGCUGCUUACACUCACAAAGACCGUACAAGAUCUGAGGCGGCAGCUUGCUAGGGUCCAGGAAGAGCGUACUGCACUCGAGACUCAGAAGGUCCAGGCCGAGCUAGAUCUGAGCGAGAACCUGCAGCCAAAUCUCGAUCGCUUGUUAGCCCAGCAGGGCGGUGCAGGCGGAUCGAACAGCCAGUCGACGCGGUUACGAGAGUGCAAGCGUGCGCUUGACACCAUCAACAAGACCAUUGCAAAUAUCGAUCAGCAGAUAGAAGAAACGGACGCCCAGAUCGAGGAGAUCCGAACGCAGCUCGGAGCGCUGGAGGAGGCCAAGGCUGAGAAGGAGUCGAGCAACCGAAAGCUUGCAGCUGCUAUGGAGAAGCAUGAACAGCAGAUAUCGCGCAAGGACACGGAUCGAAGUCGUUACAAGGCACAGCUCGACGAGGUGCGAAAAGAGAUUCGCAACCUUGGAACCCUUCCAGAGGAUGUCGACCGCAAGUAUUCAAGAUGGGAUGCUACAAAGAUCGCCAAAGAGCUCACCAAAGCUACCUCAGCGCAGAAGCAGUUCGCACAUGUUAAUAAGAAGGCGUUUGAGCAAUACGAGAGUUGGACCCGCCAGCGCAAGACCCUUAUUGACCGCCGCGCUGAACUCGACACGUCACGAAAGUCGAUUGAGAACCUCAUUGCCGUGCUCGAUCAGCGCAAAGACGAAGCUAUCGCGCGUACUUUCCGACAAGUCGCUCAAGCAUUCCAAGAAGUGUUCCAAGAGCUUGUGCCCAUCGGCCAAGGUCGUCUCAUCAUCAAGAGGCGAUCCGACGCUGAUGUCCGCGGUGGUGUCGAUGACGACGACGAGAGCGGCAGCGACAACGAGGGAGAGACGCAAGCGAAGAAGGGCAGCAAGGUCGCGGAAUACACUGGAGUUUCGAUUGCUGUGUCAUUCAACUCGAAGCACGACGAGCAGCAACGCAUCUCGCAAUUAUCAGGUGGACAAAAGUCACUCUGCGCGCUCGCACUCAUUUUCGCAAUCCAGAAGUGCGAUCCAGCACCCUUCUACCUCUUCGACGAGAUCGAUGCCAACCUCGACGCACAGUACCGUACCGCCGUUGCCGAGAUGUUGAAGAAGCUCAGUGGACAGGGCGGGCGGACGGGCGAAGGCGGUGGACAAUUCAUUUGCACUACCUUCAGGCCUGAGAUGGUCCUCGUCGCGGACAAAUGUUACGGUGUGAGCUACAGCAACAAGACGAGUAGUAUCGAUGUUGUUCAGACGGAAGCAGCGCUGGAUUUUGUGGAGGGCCAGCAGAAGGGAUAA